UAUUCCCUCCAGAUUUAUGAACCAUCUUCAUCAUGGCUACAUCCGUCUUCUCCGCCCCAGUAUCUUUCGUCAAUGAUGUCUGGGUUUGCUGCAAUUGUGGCAGUGCGAAUCUCGAUGCCAAUUGUCCUGAGAAGUGCGGUGGCAAUUGCGACCACAUUAAGUGUGGUGGGUGCUCGUCCUAGUACCACGAAUGCGAAAAGGAGGAGACCGGUUGCAUGUAACCCGUUCAGUUCACGACUCGAUUCGAACACCGUCUCCCCAGCAUCCCUUUCUAUGCCGGUCAUUCCCACUCUUCCUUCAAUCUUCGAGACCAACCCGCCCUGCUUCAGAGGUGGUAUAGACUUUCGCUUUGUCUUCUUAGCUACUCCUCUGUUACGAUUACGACUCGAUCCCACAUUUUACUUCGACUGAACUCCUUCGAGCUCGCACCACGCUGUCCCGAUUGUUACUUUUAUAUCAUCUUUUUGUCUCCUACCCCGUUCAUUUAGUCAUCCUAUAGCAAUUUAUUCUCCUCUGGAGCAAAUCAAGCUUCAUAUUGGCAUUAUUCCG